AUGGGGUCAAUCUACCGCUCGGAGGUGAUGAGCCUCUGCCAGAUAUUCUUACAAACGGAUUCCGCCUAUCAAUGUGUAGCAGAACUGGGAGAGUUAGGCCUGGUGCAGUUUCUAGAUUUGAACGAGGAGAUGAACGCAUACCAAAGAAAAUUUGUCAACGAGAUACGACGUUGUGAAGAAAUGGAAAGGAAGCUAAACUACAUCCAAGACGAGGUGACAAAGGAUGACGUUAAAAUCCAGGACUGUGAUGACCACAUCCCAGCACCUCAGCCAAAGAAUAUGACAGAGCUUGAGGCAUGCGAUGAUUUACUCUCAGUUCUAUUCUAA